AAGCAAAAUAUCAAGGUCAGUUACACAAAUUUUCUGUGCUGCCCAGCUAAUAUAAUAAAGCUUCAGUGGUUUAACCAGACCUUCUGUUCAUGUUUCUUGUUCAAUGCUAUAACCCAUUUUGAAUGCACCAUUAAUCUGUCUUAUAUCAAACAAUUGGCUGACCAAUUUUAUUUUUUUACUAGUGAGUUACAUUACAACAAUAGGAACUGAUUUCAAAGUCAAAAUAUUAAAUGUUGACGGACGACGAUAUAAACUUCAUCUCUGGGAUACGGCCGGGCAAGAGCGGUUCAGAACCAUUGUUACAACGUAAGGACUAAUUGAUACUUCUCCUGCCCUCCUCGUUUGCAUCUGAGAAUGAACGAUGCAGAUAAAAAAAAAUUUACUCAACACAAAACACCUUCGUGUUUGCCAAUCCUUAGAUGCAAAUGAUGGUGUUUACUCAUCUGGAAUUUCUUUAGUUAUUACAGAGGAGCACAAGGUGCGUUGAUUGUGUAUGAUGUAACAAAUCAAGAUUCUUUUGCCAACCUUGGAUCCUGGCUACAUGAGCUACAUCAAAAUUCUUCAGCGGCUUCUAUAAUAAUAGGUAUGUGGUGAUGGUGGUUGAUGAUGGUGGUGGUUGAUGGUGGUGGUGGUUGAUGAUGGUGGUGGUUGAUGGUGGUUGAUGAUGGUGGUGGUGGUUGAUGAUGGUGGUGGUUGAUGAUGGUGGUGGUUGAUGAUGGUUGAUGAUGGUGGUGGUUGAUGGUGGUUGAUGAUGGUUGAUGAUGGUGGUGGUUGAUGAUGGUGGUGGUUGAUGAUGGUGGUGGUUGAUGAUGGUGGUGGUUGAUGAUGGUGGUGGUUGAUGAUGGUGGUUGAUGAUGAUGGUGGUGGUUGAUGAUGAUGGUGGUUGAUGGUGGUUGAUGAUGAUGGUGGUGGUUGAUGAUGAUGGUGGUUGAUGGUGGUUGAUGAUGGUGGUGGUGGAUGAUGGUGGUGGUUGAUGAUGGUGGUGGUUGAUGGUGGUUGAUGAUGGUGGUGGUUGAUGAUGGUGGUGGUUGAUGAUGGUGGUGGUUGAUGAUGGUGGUGGUUGAUGAUGGCGGUGGUGAAGAUGAUGUGAUGAUAUCGGCAAUGGUUGUCAUGAUGGUUAGUUAUUAUUAUGAUGAUGGUGGUGGUGAUGGUUGAAGAUGGUGGUGAUGAUGGUCUGACGAUGUUGGCAAUGGUUGUUAUGAUGGUAAUGGUUCUGACGGUUGAUGGUGGUGGUGAUGAUGGUUGAUGAAUAUGGUGAUGAUGGUCUGAUGAUGUUGGCAAUGGUUGUUAUGAUGGUAAUGGUUCUGAUGGUUGAUGAUGGUGGUGGUGAUGAUGGUUGAUGAAUAUGGUGAUGAUGGUCUGAUGAUGUUGGCAAUGGUUGUUAUGAUGGUAAUGGUUCUGAUGGUUGAUGAUGGUGGUGGUGGUGAUGAUGGUUGAUGAAUAUGGUGAUGAUGGUCUGAUGUUGGCAAUGGUUGUUAUGAUGGUAAUGGUUCUGAUGGUUGAUGAAUAUGGUGAUGAUGGUCUGAUGUUGGCAAUGGUUGUUAUGAUGGUAAUGAUGUUGUUGGUCAUUCUAUUAUUUUAGUUGGAAAUAAAUGUGACAGGACAGAAGAUCAAAUUGUCCCAACUAAAAGUGGAGAGGAAUUUGCAAGAGAGCAUGGACUGGCAUUUUAUGAAACUAGUGCCCGAGAAAACAUUAACAUAAAUGAGGUAACACAAGACGUAGUCAGGCUCUUGCUACUAACUUAGACAGUUUAGAACUGAUAGAACUAUCCAGUAUAAAUACAGUUUAGGUUGAGGAGGGUCUUCACCAUAAUAGAUACAUAUAUCUUGGUGUAACUACUUGUUACUUGAUGGGAACUCUUAAAUGGCAGCUGAACAAGUUGAUAACUAUAUUUUUUUUUUGCUCACAAAAGAUUUUUGAAGACUUGACAAGACAAGUUCAUAAAGCUGAUGUGCAAGCAAGAUCUAUGGACAUCAGCGACUUCAGCAGUGUAGUGCCUAUAGAAGACAACACUAGUGAUGAGUCUACUUCAAAAAAUUGUUGUUAA